GACAUCAGUGCUGGUAGCUGCGCGAUGUUGCGGUCAAACAGUGAGGACGAUCAGACACUCUCGUUGAACUUUCGCAUGCUCGAAAGAAUACUGAGGCUUAUAGCCCUGUGGCCAACGGACUACAAUCCGUACCUGCCGAAGUAUUUGCGCGGUCGGUACUUCCUCUCGGAGCUGAUCGAUACGUGCUAUCUGCUGUUUUGGUGCUUCAUCUGUGUGCAUAUAGCGGUUUUCCACAUUGUGUCGAUAGUUGCGCUCGAUCUUAGCUAUGACGAGCUGUUUCUCAUACUAAUCACUACCAGCAUCUACUCGAUCAUGGUACCGCUAAGUGCGUAUCUUCGCGUGUACGAAUCCAACAUACGGCAGCUGUAUGAGUUCACGAUUCGUCACUUUCGAAAACGGUCCGCUGCCGGUAUUCACUACAUCUCGAUCAGUUCCAGCAUUCGAGUGACCAAUCGCUACCAGUUCUGGUGGCUUGUAAUCUGUGUGCUCGGCACGAUGCAUUGGGCAAUCUAUCCGAUUCUGUCCCAAGAGCGAACGCUACCCUUUCCCUGCUGGUAUCCGGUGGACGUCCAGCAGUCUCCGAUGUACGAACUGGCCUACAUUUUCCAGGUGCUUGGACAACUGCAGGUGAGCCUUGUGUACGGAUUGGCAGGAGCACUGUUCAUGGUGUUUGUGUUCAUGACCUGCAGCCAGUUCGAUAUGCUAUGCUGCAGUCUCACAAACAUCCGCCAGUCGGCCAUGAUACUCAACGGAAACUAUCGGACCGAGCUGCGUCACCAUCAAGACAACCACGAGCUAGACACACGCGAGUACGUUCUCAAAGAGAUAUUCCGGGAGGAUCUCGACAACGUAGAAUCGACUAAAACCACAUCGAAGCUCGAUCAACUCUCUCCAGCUCAAACCUACCUAAUGGAACUUUCGCCAGAGCUAACGUGCGUUCUCGAGGACUGCAUCACGCAUCAUCUGCUACUGCUCCGCUUUUGCCAACUGCUCGAAAACUGCUACCAUCCGUACGUCCUGUUGAAGUUGUUCCAGAUUUUACUGCUCCUAUGCUUUCUGUCCUUUAUGGCAACAGAAAGUUUGUCGACAAUGAAAUUAAUUAACGUGCUCGAGUACUUUAUGCUCACAAUGACGGAACUGUAUCUGUACUGUUUUCUCGGGCAAAUCCUCAUGAAUCAGGGCUUCAAGGUGGGUGACGCCCUGUGGAAAUCUCCAUGGCAUCUGUGCGGGGCUUCCUAUCGCCGCCGCAUGUUGAUUAUACUGAUGAAUGCUCAGCGCCCGGUACGGUUGACUGGUUUGAAGUUGUACGAGUUAAAUCUGGAAACAUAUUAUACGGUCCUGAAGGCGGCGUUUUCUUACUACACGAUUAUUAAAAAGUUUCGCUAA